AAGUCCUGGAACAAAAAAUCUUCCAAAAAUAUAAUGAGGAUGUAAUGUAAGUAUAGAAAAAUCAGAUCUUUUUGUAAAACUCAUUUUUUAUACUUAAUAAAAUGUUUAAUCUUUAAAAGAGUUUGAACAGACAUAUACAUAUAAUCUCUAGACAAAGAAAUUAACAGAAAACUUAAAAUAUUUAUUUUAUUUAUUUAAUUAUUUUAUUUAUUUAUUUAAAACCUCAGGAACUUCAGGAUUAAUACCUGAACUAAGCUAAAAAAUCUCUCAAAAUAUUUUAAUAGGACCCGAUUAAAAUCAAUUAAGAAUAUUUUUCAUAAGUUUUCAUACAUUUCACAGAGAGUAGAAAGAAAUGAUAGGAAAACCGUCGGACAUUCCUCUCGUAAGAAAAAGAAAUUCUCCACGGCGUUGAGAAAUUUUAUAGUGGUGCUUAACCCUUUCAUGACUGCACAGUUUGAAUUUAAUCGAAUUUAUUUAAACAAUUUUUUUUAUUAUGUAAUAAAUUUGAUAUAAAAGAUUUUUUUAAUUAUUAAAAAUUGAGAUUUUAUGGAUUUUUGAUUUUAAUUUUAACAAAUACUCAGAAUUCUUUAAAAUGUUCUUUUAGAUGUUCUUCAGAAAAUAUUCUUAGAUCACCACAGAUUACUUGAGCACUCAAUCAAACUGAAUGAAAGAAUAUAACUUAAAGAAAUAAUUGAAAAAAUAAAUAAAUGAGUAGUUGACGAUCUGAUUGUCGCAAAAGGGUUAAUCAGCACCCGGCACGUCAGCUCUUUUCAUCUGCUUUUUGUCUUUUUGGGAGUAUAUUUUAUUUAUCAAGCAAACCAGUCCAGAACUGUUAUCGGAAGACUCUCCCCACAUCAUUCCCCUUGGAUACAUCACAGUGAGUGGACAGAGAAUAAUCAGGAGGCAAAAAUGGAUGUGCAAAAAUAUUUACCCUGCACCGUGGAAGCUCUGAAGGAUCUGGCCAAGGAGAUUAAGAAUUAUGAUUCGCUAUGUCUCAUCUCCAAGGCAGAUUGUGCUGAAGUGAAGGGAGAGCUGGAGAGUUGUUCGGCAUAUGAUGCGGCUUUUGACAAGGAGAUUUCGUGCUUUUGGAGCAAAUCCUUGAAUGUGAGGAUUGUCUACUCACCCGUGGGAAGUUUCUCUGAUCACGAUGAUGUUAGGAAGUAUGCUGUGGCUGCUGGAAAAGCCAUAGCCAGGGCAAAGAAAGCCGGUUCGAAUCGUCCUGUGAUUGUUCUACCCAGUAACAGUGACUUCCAACAUGCUCAGCUUAUCACCCUCCUGGGGGCACUCGAGGAGCUUUAUUUGCCCAUCCAGUAUCGCGAGGAAGUUACGAAGCAGGACAAGAUUAGCUGCCUCGGGGUAUUUGCGGGGAAAUCCUCAAUCUUGGAUCUAGCAAAGCAGAUUGAAGUGAGUCGCUACGUGGCUCGUGAUGUUGGUGUUGGAGAUCCUGAGCGAAUGGCACCACCACGUGUUGUUCAGUACGUUCAGGAAUUCCUCAAGAAAAUCCCCUCGAAGAUCACGUGCAACGUCAUCAGUGAUCCUGCCCUCCUCAUCAAGGAUUAUCCGCUCUUCAGUGCUGUCAAUCGUGCUGCUAGCUCCGUUGAGAGGCACAGAGGUCAAAUGAUCAUCAUGGAGUACAUUCCACCCCAGAAGGCUCGUAAGACGUUGAUGUUGGUGGGGAAGGGCGUCACAUACGAUACUGGUGGUGCCGAUAUUAAAGCCGGUGGCGUCAUGGCGGGAAUGUCGCGGGAUAAGUGUGGCGCCGCUGCUGUUGCUGGCUUCAUGGCACUCGUGGCACAGCGUGCUCCUGCUGAUGUCCACAUCGUGGCUGCCAUGUGUAUGGUGAGGAAUUCCGUUGGGGAGGAAUGUUACGUGUCCGAUGAGGUCAUCACCUCACGUGCUGGACUCAGGGUUCGCGUUGGUAAUACCGAUGCCGAGGGGCGAAUGGCCAUGGCAGAUGCCCUGUGCCGUAUGAAGGAACUCGCAGUGGCCAAUAAGUAUCCUGAUCCCCAUCUCUACACUAUUGCCACCCUCACGGGUCAUGCAUUCCUCACUGUUGGAGAUGGGUACACCAUUGUGAUGGACAAUGGGCCGGCAAAGGCAGCAGGACAUGGAUUGCGUCUCAAAGAGACUGGAGAUGAAAUUGGGGAGCCAUUUGAGAUCUCCACGCUGCGUCCGGAAGAUUUCCGUUUCCACAGUGGGAAGGUUAAGGGUGAGGAUGUCCUCCAGGCCAAUAAUCUUCCAUCCUCACGUACUCCUCGUGGUCAUCAGGGCCCAGCUGCCUUCUUGAUCCUCGCUACGGGAUUGGAUAAGCACGGCACUAAAUCGGAUAUGCCAAUCAAGUAUUCGCAUUUGGAUAUUGCAGGAAGUGCUGGAGAGUAUCCGGAAAUGCCAACUGGUGCUCCUGUUCUGGCUCUGGCAAAACUGCAUUUGGGAUUGUAAAAGGGAGGAACUUUCAUUUGAAUCCAGUGAGAUAUUUUUUUUUGUCAUAAAACAUCACGAAAAGUGAUUAAUAUUUUUCUAAUACAAGUUAUUGAAUAAAAUUAUAAUUUUGUGGAUUUA